UAAAUACAAUUCAAAAAUUUUGUAUCUGCAGCUUUUCUUGCUUUGUCAUAUAGAACAACUUUUGCAGUUCUAUUGAUUUUUAAAAUGAUGUAAUACAGUAUGUGUCUUUUAGGAAUUUUUCCUGCUGUUUAUUGUGUCAUUUGGCCUCCGUUGUGAUAGAAAGCAUGCCGGUUCAAUCGGAAGCCAAUUUCCCUCUGGCACUAUAAAGUUUAUUCUUAUCCUGAUAUUAAGAAUCAACACAAUUUACUGGCAUGCUAAUAGAACAACAGCAUGAUACUGGUGAGGCAAUACUGUGCACUAAUCAAGGAUAUUGAAUGAAUGCCCUAACAGAUUUCAAUGAAUAUGAAUUGUAUUGCCUCUUAAUCAGUAGAAUGAAAUACUAUUUCCCCCCUUUAAUUUUAUUUUUCUAUUUAUUAUACAUCAGCAAGUGAUGGUGGUGGCGCGGUGAUUUUGCAAGAAUGCUUUCAAAUUUAGCAUCAAAUCCCUCAAUUUGACUUAUGUGCAUUUUCUCAAUGGAUUGUGGCACACUAUUUUAUUACAGGUGAUAAAUUGUGGAAAAUGUACUUUUCCUGUGCGGUGUGCAAUGAGUUACAUCUCUGGAAUGCCUGCCUACCAUUCAAGUGGAAAACAUAACAACAAAGUUAUUUUUUAUUUUUUUGUCGCCCAAUGUAUUAAUGCUGGUUGCGCUCACCUAUUUUUGUUGGAGUGUUACAGCGACCGUAGUCGAAUGACUAUUAGUGUCACCUACAGUAGAUAAUAGGACAUUUAUGUAGUAAUAAAACAAAUUUCAAUUAAAGUAAAGUUUUAGUAGUUAAGGUAUUUUCAUUUUAAUUGGUGCUUCAUUGGUGAAAAAUUUGUAGAUUUGUUUAGUUAUUAAUAUAUAGUGGUAUGAAAAAGUAUGCGGACCUUUUGGAAUUGCUCACAUCUCUACAUAAAAUCACCAUCAAAUGUGAUCUGAUCUUUGUAAAAAAAAAAAAAAAUUCACACAGAUGAAAAAAACAACGUCUGCUUUUAACUAAAUCCACCCAAACAUUUAUAGUUUUUCAUAUUUUAAUGAGGAUAGUUCGCAAACAAUGACAGAAGGGGGAAAAUAAGUGAACCAUCACAUUUGAUAUUUUGUGGCCGCCCCUUUGGCAGCAAUAAUUUCAACUAGACGCUUCCUGUAUCUCCAGAUCAACCUGGAACAUUGAUCAGGACUAAUCUUGGCCCAUUCUUCUCUACAAAACUGCUGUAGUUCAGUCCGAUUCCUGGGAUGUCUGGCAUGAAUCGCUUUAGGUCAUGCCACAGCAUCUCAAUGGGGUUCAAGUCUGGACUUUGACUUGGCCACUCCAGAACUUGUAUUUUGUUCUUUUGAAACCAUUCUGAAGAUGAUUUACUUCUGUGUUUUGGAUCAUUGUCUUGUUACAGCAUCCAUCCUCUUUUCUAGCUUCAACUGUCUGACAGACGGCCUCAGGUUUUCCUGCAAAACUUUUAAAUUCAUUCUUCCAUUAACGAUAGCAAGUUGUCCAGGCCCCGAGGUAGCAAACAUCCCCAAAUAAUGAUGCUCCCUCCACCAUGCUUCACAGUGGGGAUGAGGUGUUGUUGUUGUUGGUGAGCUGUUCCAUUUUUCCUCCACACAUGACUGUUACGGGUGCGUGAGCAGGAGGGGAUCCCAGUGCAGACAAACUAGUUGUGGUCAGUGAUAUUUUUUUUGCGAGCACCAGAAAGAGCAUGGCAGGUAGAGGUUGCUUCGUUUUUUAGUAGCUGAGCCGGCGUGAGACGUGGAAGUUUGGUAGGAGGCAGGCAUGGAAACUUGGAAGGAAACUUGGAACGAAUCAGGCGUAGAAUCCGACAGGGAGCGCGCAGAAGGCAGGACCUGAGGCGAGAGCAAAGCAGUUGUGAGCUGGGAAUCAGUGAUAUCAUAUAAGAAUGCGAGAAGCAACUGACUGCGAAACCAGACGAGUUGAUCGGGCGACAUGGUGGUGCGUCUGCUGGGCUUUUAAAGCUGGCUGAUGUUUACCACUCUCAGCUGUGGCUGCUCCACCCAUCUGAUGUCUAACCAGUAAUCAGCUUAACUCUCUUCACCUGAGGCAGAGCUCAGGAGGGAGAGGCGGAGGCCCUAACAGGACCCCCCCACCCGACGGAGAGCAUCGGGAUGGGCACGCUGGAAAUCCUGGAUAAUAAUCACUCAUCUCAUCAUUCUUCUUUCUCCAAACACUGGCCCCUGCCAACGGUGUCAAAGGGAACGCACGUCAUUAUUCCUCUAGUGGACCAGCUGGAGGACAACUGCUGGCAGGCCGCCCCCAUGGACCGGGACGGUACCAGGAUGAAGCUGUCCGUCAACUGCCCGGCCAGUGCAAACGUCGGCCGCUAUCGACUUCAGGUGGAAACAGAGUUCCCGGGCGGGCGGGCAGUUUCCGCUCACGACCCUACUAAUGACGUCUAUGUGCUAUUCAACCCUUGGUGUAAAGAUGACGCCGUGUUCAUGGAUGCUGAAGAUGAGCGUCAAGAAUACGUCCUCAAUGACGUUGGACUCAUCUAUUAUGGCACGAAAGACCAGAUUGCAUUUCGAACAUGGGACUACGGACAAUUUGACGACGGAAUACUGGCCGCGUGCCUUUUCAUCCUAGAAAAAAGUGGAACUCCUCCAUCUGGAUGGGGGGACCCAGUUAAUUUGGUUCGAAUUGUGUCAGGAAUGAUUAACUCUCUCGAUGAUCAGGGGGUUGUUGAAGGAAACUGGUCAGGGAAUUACGCUCAAGGAACAAGUCCGACCGUCUGGAGUGGAAGUAUGGAAAUACUGAAGGAAUACCACAAAAACAACGGAACCCCCAUCAAGUACGGCCAGUGCUGGAUCUUUGCCGGUAUCGUCACCACGGUGUUGAGGUGUUUGGGCAUUCCCAGCCGAACAGUGACGAACUUCAGCUCGGCCCACGACACCGAUGUCUCCUUGACAACCGACGUGUACCUGGAUGAGGACCUGCAGCCCCUAGCUCAUUUGAAUGCGGACUCCAUCUGGAACUUCCACGUGUGGAACGACUGCUGGAUGGCUCGUCACGACCUGCCCCCAGGGAUGGGUGGGUGGCAAGCAGUGGACGCCACGCCCCAGGAGACCAGUCAGGGCACCUUCCGCUGCGGCCCCGCCUCUGUCACUGCUGUCCGCAACGGUCAGGUGUUCCUCAAGCAUGAUGCCCAGUUCGUGUUUGCUGAGGUGAACAGCGAUAAAAUCUACUGGCAGAGGAAGCUAGACGGGACAUUCUCCAAAAUACACAGUGAGAAGAAGGUGGUGGGCCACUUCAUUAGCACCAAGGCUGUCGGUUCGGAGGAGCGUAACGACAUCACACACCUUUACAAACACCGUGAAGGAACAGAGGCAGAGCGUAUAGCAGUGGAAACGGCUUGCCGCUACGGCUCUAAGGCAGAUGCGUAUACUGCCCCCGAAGUGGAGGACGUGGCCAUCACAGUGACCAUGGACAGCGAUGGCCCCCAAAUGGGGCGCGACGCCAAGCUGGCGGUCACGCUACAAAACAGCAGCACCAAACACCGUCAUGUUAUCCUACAUGGCCAGGCGUCUAUUAUGUACUACACCGGCGUGCACAAGGCUACCGUGAGGACGGACCACACUGACGUGGAUCUGCUGCCCAAUGAGGUGAAGGUUCUGGACUGGACCCUUGAAUACAAAGACUACAAGGACCAGGUAGUGGACCAGGCUGCCCUUAUGCUAACACUGUCGGGUCGGGUCAUAGAGACACAGCAGAUUCUUGCCACCCAAUUCAAUUUUCGACUCAGGACUCCAAAUCUGCUUUUAACGCCAAUUGGGAAAGCUGUCGUUGGAGAGAAGAUGGCAGUGGAAAUUUCUUUCACAAACCCUCUACCUCAGGUGCUGAAGUCGGUCAUGUUCCAUGUUGAGGGACUUGGCCUCACCACUCCUCGAAAGAUUGAUUACGGAGAUAUCAGGAGCCAAGCCACCAUCUCCCUGACAGAGUAUUUGGUCCCUACGCAGGCCGGGCUCAGGAAAUUACUGGCAUCUUUGCACUGCCGUCAGCUGACGCAGGUUCACGGCGUAACGAACAUGGUUGUGCACCAAAAGAACUACGGUGCGCUAUAGGAGCUGACCUUUCCCACAGAAAGGAUCAAGAAAAGUGCAUAGUCAAACUCUAUUUAAAGUCUGAAAUUGGCUGGAGGAAUAAAAAAGCCCUCGGGCAAAAGUGGGUUUUCACCUCGAAAAGUACUAACUUGAAAACUGCAGUCACACUCUGAAAUAAUUAACAAACUGGAAGUCCUUGUCCUUUACAGUGUGCUUUUAGGCAUGGUUAGGUUCAAAUAACUUUAUACGACGUGAGACUUUGAGAAGGGCAGUGCAGUGAUUAGUGGUGUGCACAUUUACCUCACUGUCAAGAGUUCUGGGUACAAAUUCCAAUUCCAAAUGCAGGGUAUGUUAGAUGAAGACUCUUAAAUGAAGAACUGUACCCUCCACAGUUGCAUGCUGCUUAUUGGUGGAGGGGCGUGGUUGAAUAAUUCCCAUACACUGACCAUAACCCUAUUGAAUCCUGUGCAACAUUUGUUUUGUUUCAGUGCUGAAAUGGUUUUUAUUUAGAGAUAAUAUUAGCGGUGUUCAAAUCAAAAGCACCCUCAGAUGGUUGCCAGGGGUAACGGAAGUAAGCUCACUUCUGUUGUUAGGUUUACAACAGAAAUGCUAAAAUUAGCAGCUAACGUCAUAGUUAUAGUUAAAUGUACAGUCAUGUGGAAAAAAAAAAAUUGGACACCCCAUUAAAUAUUCAGUUCUUUAUUAAGAAUUUUUUACAUAUCAAUGUCUGAUCUUGUUUUUCUUUAUCACUAGAAAAGAAAGUGAUUAAAUUACAGGUAAACAACAAAAAAUAACAUUGUUUUACUCAUUAAAGCAAAUAUAUCAACAAAAAUGCGUAUUCUAACUGAGGAAAAAGUUAGGACACCCUACCACCUAAUAGUUAGUGUUACCCCCCUUUGGUGGAAAUAACUUCAGUGAGACGCUUUUUGUAGCCAUCUACCAGUGUUUGACAUCGGUCUGAAGAAGGUUUGCCCCACUCCUCAACUCAAAAUACUUUCAACAGUGAGAUGUUUGAGGUUUUUUUUUGCAUGUACAGCCCAUUUCAAGUCACCCCACAGCAUCUCAAUGUGAUUAAGAUCUGGGCGUUGACUCACCCAUUCCAGGACUCUCCAUUUUUUUUCAGCCAGUCCUUGGUGGAUUUGCUGGUAUUUUUUGGGUCAUUAUCAUGUUGCAGGGUCAAGUUUCACUACAGCUUUAAUUUUUAUUCAGAUGAUCUUACAUGGUCCUCAAGCACCCUCUGAUACAUGAUAGAAUUCAUGGUGGAUUCUAUGAUGGUGAGCUGGCCAGGUCCUGCUGCAGCAAAGCAUCCCUAAACCAUAACAGGGUCCCCCUAGAAUUGAUAAAUCUAAAUUCAAGACUUUUAAGACCUUUUUUAAUGCCAUUUCAACUGAAAAUUAAUACUUUUCUCGCACCCAUUAUUUAGAUAUUUAAUCAUAUUAAAAAAAAUAAAGCACUGAACAUCAAAUUUAACCUCAAUUACUAAGUGUGUUUGACAAAAGAAUGCACAUUUAUUAAAGAUACAAUUAAAACAAAAAGUUUUGUGCCACAGACCGGCCCUCUUUAUGUCAUGACCUACCUUAUUAAAAUAUUGUAAUAAUAAUCGUGCUGUCAAGCGAUUAAUUUUUUUAAAUCGCGACUAAUCGCAUGCUGUCAAUAGUAAACUUGGGAUUUUUUAAAAUGCAUAAAUUAUAUAUUUCAAUUUCUAAAUACACCUAUUAGCACAGGAGUUCAUGAAAUUUAAGGCUCAUUACAAACAAGAAAAGAGUUUUCCUUUACACUUGUAAAGAUGAAUCAAAUAUGAAUUUUCCCCAAAUAACUUGAGCAUGUCUACUGACAGUUCUGAGAUCAAGGGCUCAAGCGCAGGUUCUGUGUGAAGUUACCAUUUUAUUUUUGGGGUACUAGCUAUAAUUUUAUCUUAUAUUAGACUGACUUUUUAAAGAAUGAGGAACCUUUUGCAGGUGUUUUGAAUUACACAUGUGGCAAGUGUGUAUAUAACUGAAGCUUUUCAUCAUAUUCUUUUUUUUUUUUUUUUUUGGUUUGUGGUACAUGCAGAUUGACAUACUCAAUGCUGUUGGUUUAAUCUACCAAAAUAAAACAACUUUUACUUGAUAUUCAAAAUUUUGGGGGCGUACUGUAUAUAGUUUAAAUAAAUAAAAAAUGAAUGUAAUAUAUCAUUACUCAUGAGUGUUUUCAUAUUAUGCAUGACAUAAAAUUACCGCAAUUAAAUGUGAAAGAUUGAAUGAUUGAUUGAAAGAAUAAUUGAACUCACCAAAACGGCUGUCUUCCAAUGCACUUAUACAGUUCAGACACCUGUGUAUUUCACGCUCACCAGUCCACCUCAGAGUGCAAUGUUUUGGGUUAAAAUGCCCAACUUAUGUUUUGCCUGAGAACGUGGAUUUCACCCCAAUCCUCCGUCUUUGUGCCCAAAAAUAGUGCCUGGAGCCUCCAUGGUGGAAGUUUUAGUGGUGCUCUCAUGAAAAAUAUUUCAUUCUGCAUGUUCAUUUACGGUUUAUCGCUGUACUUUUAUUCAAACAUGCUCAAAAACAACGAUAAUGGGUAGCGCCAACAACCAGAUGGGUUCACGCUCGUCAUGCUGCCUCAACGUGCCCCAUUUUGGCCAUUAAAACCCAAAAUUAAGUUUUUCCAGAAUCAAGUCAACAGGAUGAUAUCAUGAUACUCUUUCCCAGAGGCAGAGCUGGCGGCACUGGAGACUGAGAGGGAGCCUGUUGCGGGGUAUCGAAUUUCAAACUACGGAAUGCUAGAAGGGCCACAAUUUAUCGCGCAAAGCGGGGUUGCGUGAUGCCGUUAGUAAAUAGUUUAACUGAAAGCUUCGUUAAAAAUGUGUAUUACGACCGGCUCAAACGUCAGGCCGGCCCACCGGGAACUGUCCCGGUUCUCCCGAUUAGCCACUCCGGGCCUGGUACUGUGUGAUUGCCUGCUGUUGUGAUGUUCACGCUAACGGCGCGCACGCACGAGGUGCAGUGCAUCGUAAAAAUUGUACGCGUCAUCUUCGUUAUGGAUUAAAAAAAAAAAAAAAAACUUUGUCACGGAUAUAAUUUAGGUUGCACUGAGAUGUUCUUGAAAAUUAAAACCACGGUGAAAAAAUUCCAGACUUACGACAGCUAAUUUAAUACUUUUAAUACCUUUAAUAAUGGAAAACUAAAUUCAAUGCCUUUUUAAUACUUUUAAUAACCCGCGGGUACCCUGCAUAACUCCAUGCUGCAUAUUUGAUUUCAGGUUCUUUUCCUGGAAUGCUGUAUUGGGUUUACGCCAAACAUGUCCUCUGUUCUGGUGUCCAAAUAAUUCAGUUUUAGAUUGAUCUGUCCAAAGAACAUUAUUCCAGAACUCCUGGUUUUUGUCUACAUUCCCUCUGGCAAACUUCAGUGUGGCCUUCAUGUUCUUCUUGAAGAGCAAAGGUUUUCUCCUUGCACACCUCCCAUAAAUGUUAAAUUUGUGUAGUCUCUUUCUGAUUGUAGAGGCAUGCACUUUCACACCAACAGUAGCAAGAGCCUGCUGUAGGUCCCGUGAUAUUUUAGGGUUAUGGAGACUUCUUUUAGCAUCUUGCAGUCUGCUCACAGGGUGAACUUGCUUGGACGGCCAGACCUGGGUAUGUUGGCAGUUGUUUUGAAUGUCCUCCACUAGUAAACUAUUUUCGGAAAAGUGGAAUGGCGGAUUUUAUAUUCUUUUGAGAUCUUUUGAAAUCCCUUAGAAGACUCAUAAGCGUCUACAAUCCUCUUUUCUGAAGGCCUCAGACAGCUCCUUUGAUCUCACCAUGCUGUUUUUUUUCUCACUUCAAAAGUCAGUCACUGUUGGAAGUAUUCUGCGUUGAGGAGUGAGGCAAACUUUCUUUAGACCGAUGUCAAAGACUGUUAGAUGGCUACAAAAAGUGUCUCACUGAAGUUAUUUCAGCCAAAGGGGGUAAUACUACCGAUUAGGUAACUUUUUCCUCAGUUAGAAUAUGCAUUUUUUUUUUAAUAUAUUUGGUUUAAUGAGUAAAACAAUGUUAAUUUUUGUCGUUUACCUGCAAUUAAAUCACUUUCUUUUCCAGAGAUAAAAAAAUAAAAUUAAAAAAAAUUGGACAUUGAUAUGUGAACAUUUCAUAAUAAAGGCAAGGCAAGGCAAGGCAAAUUUAUUUAUAUAGCACAAUUCAACACAAGGCAAUUCAAAGUGCUUUACAUCACAUGAAAACCAUAAAAAUCACAUUUAAAUCAACACAACGUAAAAACCAAGACAAAAGAUCGCAUUUAAUCACAGAAUAAAAAUAAAUAAAUAAAAAUAAAACAAAAAUAGAAAUAAAGCAAAAACUACUACUAAUAAUAAUCAUUGAAAUCAGCAAUGGAGAUAAGCACAAGAGGAAUAGAAGGCAGGUAGAUUGAAAUAUAUAGACAGUUAUGGAUAUGCAGUGCUAAACAAAAGCGUUUUUAGCCCUGAUUUAAAUGAGCUAACGGUUUGAGCAUACUUCAGACCUUUGGGUAACUUGUUCCAGAGGUGAGGAGCAUAAUAACUAAAUGCUGCCUCACCCUGCUUGGUUCUUGUUCUUGGAACAUGCAGAAGACCCGUUCCAGACGACCUUAAUAUAAUAAAGAACUGAAUAUUUAAUGGGGUGUCCUAAUUUUUUCACAUAACUGUAUAGUAUAGUUGUAUGAAAUUAACCUCUCAUUUUAGCAGUCAGACAUAACAUACAUUGCCUUGCAAAAGUAUUCGGCCCCCUUGAACCUUGCAACCUUUCGCCACA